CUCCCUUCGGUCAGUGCGAAGUGCGAACUUCCCCUCUGCAUAGACUGCGUAGUAGUGCGUACUAUACCGGCUAUGCGAGCUGGUGCGUACCGGCUAGUUUUGUCAGCUAACGGGGGUGGCCAGAGCCUAGGCCGAUAGCCCGAUACUCGUCGACGAUGGACACCGAUAGCGGUGGCAUUGCGCCGGCGCCGCACGGGCGGGUCUCCAGCCGCGCCUCGUCAGCGCUGGCGGCCCUCAGCGUCCUCGUCGUGCUGCUCUACCUCGUGUGGCGCUUCAUCUGGCAGUGCAGGAAGCACGGAACCAGAAGCAACGCCACCGGCGGAGCCACCUCGUCCGCUCGGCCGCUGUCUUGCCCGCCUCGGGACGCGGCGGCGGCCUACGGACCGCCUCGCGCAACGACGGCAUCGCCGCUCUCGCUCUCGGUGUCGGUGCCCGUGGCCACGGCACGCAGCGGCGCGGACGGCAAGGUCGAGUGCGCGGUGUGCCUUGCGGAGCCCGGGGACGGCGAGGCCGCUACGCGGCUCGUGCUGGGCUGCGGUCACGGGUUCCACGCGGAGUGCAUCCAGGCGUGGUUCCGAGUGAGCACGACGUGCCCGCUCUGCCGCGCCGCCGCACCGCAGAGUGUUCCACGGUACGACAUCAGCGUGUGACAGUGCCUAGCACCAUUCUUUCCCCCCCGUGUGGCACACUGGCAACGACGCGGCGCGUUGCGUUGCGAAUUGUAGAUUAAUUUCGGUUAAGGGGGUAUGACAUAUUCACAUUUAAAGCCGGUUAAUGAGCUUGUAGUCGCGUUCUUCUUUCUUGAAUCGUUUGGCACGGUUGACACUCCCAUGUCUCAGACAUGUGGUUCAGGGUUAUUCCGAUCCUAUGGCAUAUAGAUUGGAUGCUAUUAGAAAAAAAAAUUUAAGGAUUUUGACUUAUCCGAUCCACAUGGAUUUGAGAUGAAAACUGUAGCUACAUGAUGCGACUAUUUUAUUGA